AUGCUGAAGCUACUUGCGUUGGCCCUCGCAAUUAGCGAGUCUACCCUCGGAGCAGUCCUGCAUCCACGUUGUGAUUCUCGUUCUGGCACGGGAACCACGAACGCUACCCAUUGUGGCACCGAUUUCUGUACCUGGUGGCAUGAUUCUGGGGAGAUCAACACGCAGACACCUGUCCAACCAGGGAACGUGCGUCAAUCUCAUAAGUAUGCCGUGCAAGUGAGUCUGGCAGGUGCAAACAAUUUUUAUGACUCCUUUGUGUAUGAAUCUAUCCCCCGGAAUGGAAAUGGCCGCAUCCAUGCCCCCACGGACCCUCCCAACAGCAACACGCUAGAUUCAAGCAUUGAUGAUGGAAUCUCAAUUGAGCCUAGUAUUGGUCUCAAUAUGGCAUGGUCCCAGUUCGAAUACGACCAGGAUGUUGAUAUAAAGAUCCUGACCACUGAUGGUUCAUCCUUGGGCUCACCAAGUGACGUUGUAAUUCGUCCCGUCUCAAUCUCCUAUCAUAUUUCUCAGUCCAGCGACGGUGGGAUUGUCAUCCGGGUCCCAGCCGAUGCGAAUGGCCGCAAAUUUUCAGUAGAGUUUGCGAAUGACCUGUACACAUUUCGCUCUGAUGGCAACGAGUACGUCACAUCAGGAGGCAGCGUCGUCGGCGUUGAGCCCACCAACGCACUUGUGAUCUUUGCUAGCCCGUUUCUUCCAUCAGGCAUGAUUCCUAAUAUGACACCCGACAACACGCAGACCAUGACACCAGGGCCUAUCAAUAAUGGCGACUGGGGCUCUAAGUCAAUUCUUUACUUCCCACCAGGUGUAUACUGGAUGAACCAAGAUCAAUCGGGGAACUCGGGGAAACUAGGAUCUAAUCAUAUGCGUCUAGACUCAAACACUUACUGGGUUUACUUCGCUCCCGGUGCGUAUGUGAAGGGUGCUGUGGAAUAUUUCACCAAACACAACUUCUAUGCAACCGGCCAUGGUGUCCUAUCGGGUGAAAACUAUGUUUACCAAGCAAAUGCUGGCGACAACUACGUUGCUGUAAAGAGCGACUCGGCUGGCCUGCGGAUGUGGUGGCACAAUAACCUUGGGGGUGGUCAAACAUGGUAUUGUGUUGGGCCUACGGUCAAUGCGCCGCCAUUCAACACUAUGGAUUUCAAUGGAAAUUCUGGCAUCUCAAGUCAAAUUAGCGAUUAUAAGCAGGUGGGGGCCUUCUUCUUCCAGACGGAUGGGCCAGAGAUUUAUCCCAAUAGUGUCGUGCACGACGUCUUCUGGCAUGUCAAUGAUGAUGCAAUCAAAACCUACUAUUCUGGGGCAUCUAUCUCGCGGGCAACGAUCUGGAAAUGCCAUAAUGAUCCAAUUAUCCAGAUGGGAUGGACGUCUCGGUCUAUCAGUGGAGUGACAAUCGACAAGCUGAAUGUUAUCCACACCCGCUACAUUAAGUCGGAAACGGUGGUGCCUUCGGCUAUCAUUGGUGCCUCUCCAUUUUAUGCAAGUGGGAUGAGUCCUGAUCCAAGCCAGUCCAUAUCCAUGACGAUUUCAAACGUUGUAUGCGAGGGUCUUUGCCCGUCCCUGUUUCGAAUCACACCCUUACAGAACUACAAGAAUUUUGUUGUCAAAAAUGUGGCUUUCCCGGACGGGCUACAGACAAAUAGUAUUGGCACCGGGGAGAGUCUUAUUCCAGCCGCAUCUGGUCUCACGAUGGGACUAGGUAUCUCUGGCUGGACCGUUGGUGGACAAAAAGUGACUAUGCAGAACUUCCAAUCGAGUAGCCUCGGGCAGUUCGACAUUGACGGCAGCUAUUGGGGGGAGUGGUCGAUCAGUUAA